GAGGCUACGCGGGGCGCGGAGCGGGCGGGAGCGCGAGGCCGGCUGUGGUGGGAGAGCGGCCCGGGCGGCCUGGGAGCCGGGCCUCGCAGCACCGAGCGGCCACCGGAGCCGCUGCGGGAGAUUCUCAUCCUGGUCUUUGAGAUGAUGGGAUUGGGAAACGGGCGUCGGAGCAUGAAGUCGCCGCCCCUCGUGCUGGCUGCCCUGGUGGCCUGUAUCAUUGUCCUGGGCUUCAACUACUGGAUUGCGAGCUCCCGGAGCGUGGAUCUCCAGACGCGCAUCGUGGAGCUGGAAGGCAGGGUCCGCAGGGCGGCAGCGGAGCGAGGGGCCGUGGAGAUGAAAAAGAACGAGUUCCAGGGGGAGCUGGAAAAGCAGCGGGAACAGCUGGACAAAAUUCAGUCCAGCCACAACUUUCAGAUGGAGAGCGUCAGCAAGUUAUACCAGGAUGAAAAGGCAGUUUUAGUGAAUAACAUCACCACAAGUGAGAGGCUCAUCAGAACCUUGCAAGACCAGUUAAAGGCCCUGCAGAAGAAUUACGGCAGGCUGCAGCAGGAUGUCCUUCAGUUUCAGAAGAACCAGACCAACCUGGAGAGGAAGUUCUCUUACGACCUGAACCAGUGCAUCAAUCAGAUGAAAGAGGUGAAGGAGCAGUGUGAAGAGCGAAUAGAAGAAGUCACCAAAAAGGGUAAUGAGGCUGUAGCUUCCAGAGACCUGAGUGAACAAAAGGACCAAAGCCAGCAGCUCCAAGCCCCCAGUGAGCCCCAGCCCAGGCUGCAGGAAGCAGGCCUGCCCCAGGCAGAGGUGCCACAAGCAAGAGGGAACAUGCCCAGCAACAGCAAGCCCCAGACACCAGUCCCCAGUUCUGAGGCAGCUUUGGAUUUGAAGAAGCAAGGCGAGAAAGAGGGAACCAAGGAGAUUCAGGUCGUCAGCAAGGAGGAGCUUCAGAGGGACAGCCUAGGGCUGCCGAAGGAGCCAGAGCGAGAGCAGAAUGUGGAAGAAGACAGACGUGUGGGCGGAAAAGCCCAUGGAGAACCCGGAGAACUGGGCCAAACCCCACAGGUGCCAGCUGCCCUGUUGGCAAGCCAGGAGAAUCAGGAGGAGAUGGAGGGCCCUGAGCGGGACCAGCUCGUCAUCCCCGAUGGGCAAGAGGAGGAGCGGGAUGCCGACGAGGAAGGGAGAAACCAGCAAAAACUGGGAGCAGAUGAUGACUACAACAUGGAUGAAAAUGAGGCAGAAUCUGAAACAGACAAGCAGGCAGCCCUUGCGGGGAAUGACAGAAACGGAAAUGAGAAGAAACUGGGGCCUAGAGGAGUUCUGAAGCUUCUCCAGGCCAGCAGCCCGUGAGCUGGAGUGCCUGAGUCCGGCCAGCUGUGGACUCCGGGUGCCACUGGCAGUCACUGAGGGCAGGUCCUGGUUUGCAUUCAGGUUAAGAUCUCCAACUCGAAUACUGUGUGAUAUUCUCCUACCUAAUCACUAAGAUUAAACUUUCUACCCAGAAAAGGCAACUGAAGAAGGGUAUGAAAGUAGCUUUAUAAGAUACUUAAUCUAAGUCCUUGUCCAGCCUCCCUCUGUGUCUUAGUCUUAGGGUUGAUAUUCUCUCGUUUAGCCUUUAUUCAUCUCAUGUUUAAUCAGUGUGCCUAGAGUUGCUGAGAAAUAAAAUACUGUUAGUUCAACUUUGAAAACUGCUUUCAGUUUUCCCUUCAUCCCCUGUUGGAUCCCUAAGGAAUCAGCUUGUAAACUGUGGAUUAAGCAUGGUGGUUUGCCUUAUUAAUUCAACCUUUUGUGGAAUGAGUUGUCAUUAUAAAUUUAAAAAAAUCAUUUCAUCUCCUGUACAGCGGCACCAAAAGGCCAUUUGUUCAGGAGGUGUGUACUUUAGCUAUUUCUUCAAGCAGUCAUGCUUUAUUACUGUUGACUUCCCUUGGGAUCACAGACACCUCUUCCAAGGAAUAAUUAGAGGUGUCAUGGUUAUUUAAAAAACAAACAAAACCUGUGUAAUAAGCAUCAAAUAGAUAUCAGACCCCCAACCUUGGUCUUUUGGGUUCAUCCCAGAUUAAACCAGCAGGUAGUCCAAUUUUUAAUAAGUAUAAACUAUCUGAUUCACAACCCUCCUCUAUACUCUAAGAUGGUGAGCAGACAGGAGUGAUGAUUCAUUUGAUCUUUUUUCCUGCAGGUAGGACUGCAGAUGAAGAUUCCCUAAGCAAUUUUGGAUUAGAUUUCCUGAAAUAUCUAAUCUCCACACAUAUACCUUUGUGUGAUAGAAUUUGAGAAAUAAACCAUUAUCUUUUAAGUCAGUAUGCUGUCAUUAAAUAACUAGAUUGAUAACUAGCCUAAUUGUUUUAAUUGGUAAUAGGUGGCUAUCUAUUCAUAGUAGAACUUGGAAUGGUGUAAGAGAAUUGUGAUUUCAGGGUCCUUUAAGGUCCAGGGGGAAUUGGUCUAUUCCCACUAUAUAUUUUUGCCUAAAAGAUUAUUAUAAAUAGUAAAUGAUAGUUUAUAGGACACUCAACCAACUUCUAACACUUGUCUUUGAAAAUAAGUUUGAAAACAAAUAUAUGCAUUUUAAAGUUCCCAUUAACUGUGGGUUAUAUUAAUAUUUUUUCACAUAGUUAGCUUAGACUGAAAAUGUUCAUUAGUGUUAGAAAGUUGGGGAAAUGGUUUAUCUCGUGUAUUUAAAUGUUUGUGUUUGUGUACUAUUUCAGCUCAGAGGGCAACACUUUCUUAAAGCGUACUAACUAAGCCACUGUUCCGUAACAGCUGGUUUGUAAAAUUCUGGAUAUACACUGAAGGAUUACGCAGAAGUAGUUAUCUUGCCAUGCACUUAAAAAAAACAAAGAAACAAAAAUACUAAACUAAAAUGCUCCUAUCCUUGUUGGUGCGCCUGUGAAACACAUCUCUGGGAAAUUUACAUGACUUGAAAUAUUUUCAUCUGUAAACUACUAUAUAUAAACUUAAGGUGACAUUUUUUAUAAACUAGAACCCUAACCAAGGACAAAUGCCUAUUUUUUAUCCUUACUCCUUAGAAUUAAAUGUUCUAGGGACUUCCCUGCUGGUCCAGUGGUUAAGACUUUGCUUUCCAAUUUAGGGGGUGUGGGUUCAUUCCCUGGUCAGGGAGCUAAGAUCCCACAUGCCUCACAGCCAAAAAACCAAAACAUGAAG